UGCGUCACACGCGCGCGGCCGCAGAAGGAGACCGAGGGACAGCGGAUCGCGAGGACCUCAGAUGGGCUUCUUCGCAUAAAGUCCAUAUAAAUCUCACACACUUCGACUCUGGAUCACACAGAAUGAUCGCAGCGCGCUGUCUGGUGUCUAAAGCGCCUCACAGGACGCUGUUGAGAGCAGCAGCUUCGCGCUGUUAUCGGCCUUUACAGCAGAAGGUCACACAUGCUUUAAACCACAGAACAACACAGACACACACACUCACAAUAACAGCUCGAAACAUCACAACACCUGCUGAACAUCCGCAAACCAGCACAACACAAGGGUUUGACGUGGCUCUGCUGGUGUCGCUCCUGAGGCAGGAGAACGCCACCGACAUCUGCGUCAUCAGAGUCCCGCCAGAGCUCAAAUACACCGAUCACAUGAUCAUCGUGAGCGGAUCGUCUCCACGACACCUCAACGCCAUGGCAGAGUUUGUGCUCAAAGCGUUCAAGUUUCUGCGGAAGGACGAGGAGCGACACGUUCGGCUGGAGGGGAGAGACUGUGACGACUGGAAGUGCAUCGACUUCGGACCCAUGGUGCUUCACUUCAUGCUGCCGGACACCAGAGAGACGUACGAACUGGAGAAACUGUGGACCCUGCGCUCGUAUGACGAACAGCUCAACCGCAUCCCACGAGAAACGCUUCCCUCGGACUUCAUUUAUGAUAUGAAGCACAAAUGAUGCUCACGGACGACUGAAUCACGAACUGUUCAAAAACACAGCGAGAUUCUCAGUCAGUGCCGUACGUCACCUCUGUGGGAGACCAGCUUCUGUGAACGGAAAUGCUGUAAAAAUAUGAACAGUGACUUAAUUAAAAAGGACAAAUCAUCAGAAAUAUCCAGUUUUGAGCUGCUAAUUUUGAAUAAAAGGAAUUAAUUCACAAA